CAAAUCCAUCACAACCUAGCAACGCUGACGUGACGAGGAGUCAGCUGCUGCUGCUGCUAGUCGGACAUCAUGAGUGAAGAUGAAGCUCUCCGUGAUGUUUUCACUCCUGGUUUUGCUUGCUGUUGUAGACCUGAGCCGAGCCCAGCUAAAGACCUCUCUUGUGGAUUUGACCAACAGCAUAGGGAGCAUCCUUCCCAGCCUCAGCCGGCCUGCAAACCACAGCAGGAUAUUCUAUGCUGUGAUGUUUGAUGCUGGGAGCACUGGGACACGGAUUCAUGUGUACACCUUCAUCCAGGGUGGCUCAGCAGAGCUGCCUGUUUUGGACAAUGAGAUGUUCCAUUCCAUAAAGCCAGGUUUGUCUGCGUAUGCUGACUCCCCUGAAAUGGCUGCACACACAGUGAGGAUGCUGCUGAAGGUGGCCAAGAAGACGGUGCCUCGUCUGGAGUGGAAGAGGACUCCAGUGGUGCUCAGAGCCACAGCUGGACUCCGGCUGCUGUCCACAGAGAAAGCCCAGGCUCUGCUGGAGCAGGUUCAACAUGUGUUUGAUGAAUCUCCUUUUUUGGUCCCAGACAACAGCGUCAGCAUAAUGAACGGCAAAAAUGAAGGAAUCCUGGCUUGGAUAUCUGUCAACUUUCUGACAGGUCACCUGAAAGCUCAAACCAAGAAGACAGUGGGAAUCUUGGAUCUGGGAGGAGGAUCCACGCAGAUCACUUUUCUGCCAAAACUCAGGAAAACCAUUGAAAGUGCCCCUGUUGAUGAUUAUGUUGCCAGAUUUGACAUCUUCAACUCAACAUUUGAGCUGUACACCCACAGUUACCUUGGAAAUGGUCUGAUGGCGGCACGGUUGGCCACCCUGGGCGCUCUGGGUGCAGAAGGGCUGGAGUGGCGUGUUUUUAAAAGUACGUGCCUGCCAAAAAAGUUCAGGGAUGAAUGGAGCUUUGGAGGGCUGACGUAUCAAGUGAGCGGACACCCAGAUGGUUAUUCAGGAUACAAGCUCUGUUAUCAGGAGGUACUCAAGGUGGUGAAGGGGAUUAUUCAUCAGCCGUACGAGCUGGAAGACAGCAGCGUCUUCUAUGCAUUCUCCUAUUACUUUGACAGAGCGGUGGAUGCCGGCCUUAUCGAUGGGGUCCAAGGAGGGAUGCUGGAGGUGAGACACUUCAAGAAGAGAGCAAAAGAGGUGUGCAAUAAGAUGACCAAACACCCUCCCAUCAGUUCUUUCCUGUGUAUGGACAUGACCUACAUCACUUGUCUGCUCAAGGACGGCUUCGGCUUCAAGGAUAGCACCGUGCUGCAGUUGACCAAGAAAGUGAACAACGUGGAGGCAAGCUGGGCUUUGGGCGCCACGCUGGACCACUUCCACAACCUGAAGAUCCACUGAGGAGGAGGAGGAGGAGGAACAAACACUGCUCAUAGUGUACACUACUUUAUCUAAC